AACAUACUAAUACAUCAUACCAUGAUGAUGUUGGGGAGCAACAUUGGUCGAGGUAUCAGAAGACGUUUGUUUAGUCCAUCAUCAUCUCUAUUCACUCUUUGCUUUACAACAACAACUACAAAUACAAUGUCAUCACAACAACAAAUACUACAACAGUUCACUAAAUACAUACCAGAGUUGAACAACUCAUUGCAUAAGGGACAAUGUGGCCGCAUUGCAAUCUUGGGCGGCAGUCAAGAGUACACAGGUGCACCAUUCUUUGCUGGUAUCAGCUCACUGCGUAUCGGUAGUGACAUCUGCCACAUCUUUGCUCCAUCAGAGGGCGGCACGGCAACUGCCAUCAAGACUCUCUCACCAGAGCUAAUCGUGCAUCCUCUCUCCAAUGAUGAUCCAUCAAGUAUUAUACCAUGGCUAAUGAGCAUCCAUGUGUUGAUCGUUGGACCUGGUCUGGGACGAUCAGAGGUUGCAUGGUCUUGCGCCAAAGAGGUGAUAAGGACCGCUAGAAGCAUAAACAUUCCAUUGGUAUUGGACGGUGAUGCAAUCCGUUUAGUCUGUACAAAUCUAGAGUUGAUCCAAGGCUAUGAGAAGGUGAUCCUUACGCCAAACUUUGUUGAAUAUAGAGCCCUAUCCGAUAGCGUCAAAGAGUUGACAAAGGACACCUCCAACGCCAUCAUCACGCCAGAGUCCAUGGCCAAGAGUUUGGGAAAUGUAGUGAUCGUUCAAAAGGGAUUGGAGGACACAAUUACUGAUGGAGCCAACUCCACGAUCAUUUGUAAUUUAGAGGGAAUGCCAAGACGCUGUGGAGGCCAGGGCGACGUGCUGGCAGGCGCCAUUGGCACAUUCCUCGCAUGGACUCAUCUCAAGAGCAAGCAAGCCGCCGAGUCUGGCAUCGAUUCGCAACUUUCCAACACCUCGCUCACCUCACCACUCACAAUGGCCGCCCUUGCUGGCUGCUCCCUGUUACGACAAGCGUCCAACCAGGCCUUUGUAAAAAACAGACGUUCCACCAUCACCGAUGACAUCAUCAAAGAGUUGCCUACUUCUUUCGAGGUCCUGUUUCCAUCUUUGACGCCUGUUACCGUA